AUGAGGGCCUCGUCAACGCUAUUACUCGCCUCAUGGGCGUCAACUUCUCUGGCUGUGCAGCCAUGGCUGGACAAGACACUCCCAUUUGAAGAGCGUCUUGAGUUAUUCAUCGCGCAGCUCAAUGACACUCAGAAGCAUGCCAUGGUCCAAGGCGACACGGAGCUUACCGACAAUGGAACUGGCGUCAACGCUUGCAUCGGCCACAUUCAAGGCAACUCGACCCUCGGCAUCCCGGACAUCUGCAUGGGCGAUGGCCCGGCAGGAGUCGGCAACUCUCUCAACAACGUCACGGCCUUCCCAGCCCCUGUCAUGGCCGCAUCGUCGUGGAACACCUCCAUCCAGUACGACUACGGCCAGGCUCUCGCACAAGAGCACAUGGGCAAAGGACGCAACAUCGUCCUCGCCCCGACGAUCAACAUCCUCCGCUCUCCGCUGUGGGCUCGCGCGGCCGAGACCCUCUCCGAGGACCCCUGGUUGACUGCUCGUUUGGCCGUUGCGGUGACGCAGGGCAUCCAGAGCCAGGGGGCGCUGGCCUGUCCGAAGCAUUUUGCGGCGUACAACCAGGAUACCAACCGGUUCGGCCUGGGCCCUGAAUGGGUCACGGUGAACGCGGUCGUCGACGAGCGGACGAUGCACGAGCUGUAUCUGCCUGCUUUCAAGGCGAGUGUGCAAGAGGCGGACGCGGCUUGUGUGAUGUGUUCGUACAACCGACUGAACGGCGACUUCACCUGCGAGAAUGAUUGGCUUCUCAACACCACGCUGCGCCAGGAAUGGGGCUUUGAAGGCUUCGUGGUCGCGGACUGGUAUUUUUCGACGAGGAGUACGGUCCCUGCCGUCAUGGCCGGGUUGGAUAUCUCCAUGCCUGGUGGGGAUUUGACGGACAGUUAUGGCUUCCCUGCAUACUAUGGAGAUCUGCUUGUGCAAGCUGUCAACAACGGAUCUGUUCCGAGAGAGCGCAUUGAUGAUAUGGUCAAGAGGCUCUGGAGGUACAUGUUCAAAUUGGGACAGGUUGACAACCCCGUCAAUGGCGACUCGACGGCUCAUGUUCGCACACAAGAGCACCUGGACCUUGCACAGAAAAUGGUGGAAGAGGGUGCAGUGCUUCUCAAGAACGAGGACAGCACAUUGCCUCUAUCACCUGAGAAGUACACCAAGAUUGCUGUCUUUGGCAUCGGUGCGACGACCGAAAACCAAGUCUCUGAGAACCACGGAGGUUUUGUCAUUGAUUCCACCAUGGUUGUUCAAGCACCAUUCGAUGCACUAUCUCGACGUGGGAGUGCGGAGAACAUCACGGUCAAGUACUCAGAAGCGUAUCCCGGCACGGGGCAGUUUCCCACCAUACCGUCAUCAAUGUUCAAGGACGGCGGCGUGAACGCGACCUACUACAAAACAACCGACUUCACGGGGCCUGUGAGUGCGACCGAGUUCAUCUCCAACAUCACCAUUGCGAGCUAUCCCUCGCAGCUGUGGCAGGCAUACCCAGAUGUCUUCUCCGUCAUUUAUGAGGGAACCUUCCUCCCUAACACGACCGGCACCCACCACUUUUCCAUGUACGGCCAGGGAACUGCCCUUCUUUACUUGGAUGAAGUCCUCGUCGCGAACAUGUCGUAUGCCAAUUUCGGCAACUUCGUUCAAGGCACGGCGGAUCUCAAGGCCGGAACCGAAGUCAAGCUCACGUUGAAAUACGACAUGGGCUACUCGCUCUCGACCGGGGGAUACGGAAUCACUCUUGGCGUGGACGUUGGCAACCAGACAAGAGACUCAGAUGCCGACAAGCUUGCUCAAUGGGCUGAUAUCAGCAUUAUCUUUGCCUCCGAUCGGUUGUCCGAGGGCGCUGACAGUGGGCUUGGUAUGACGCUUCCAGGUGACCAAGACACGCUCAUCAGCCGGGUUGCUGGAAAGUCGAAAAAGACGGUUGUCGUUCUGAACACCAACUCUGCUAUUCUCAUGCCUUGGAUCGAGGAUGUGGAGGCGGUGAUGGACAUCUGGUACCCCGGUCAGCAAGUCGGCCUGGCUCUGGAGCGUCUCCUCUUCGGCGAUAUUAGCCCCAGCGGAAAGCUGCCGAUGACAUUUCCAGCCAAGCUGAACGACACCAUCCAGAUCAACACUGCCAUCGAUGUUCCUUACGCUGAGGGGCUGUACGUCGGUUACAAGGCCUUCGACAAGAGUGGUGUCGAGCCCCUUUUCCCGUUUGGACACGGCUUGACAUACUCCAACUUCAGCCUGAGCGGUCUCAAGAUUUCUAGCAAUGAGAGCACCGUCAUCUCUACAGUCACAUUGACCAACGAAGGUGCGAUGGACGCACAAGAGGUUGUGCAGCUGUAUGUUGGAUAUCCUGACGAGGCAAAGGAGCCGCCCAAGCUGUUGAAGGCUUUCGCCAAGGUGGAGGUCCCAGCUGGCAGCAGUAAAGAUGUGGAAUUGGUUGUUUCCAAGAAUGAUCUGAAGAUCUGGGACCAGAAAAUACGCGGCGAAAGGUUCGUGGAGGGCCUAUAUCACUUUAUGGUAGGCUUCUCUGCAGGGGAUGUCAAACUGGAAGAAACGUUGCAAUUAGAGUAG